CCCUGCAACAUGUUUUUCUCCCCCACUUUUUUUAUUGUAAUUAUAUAAAUCUUUCCAGCAAAUAAAUUAUUGACAGAACGGAUUCUCGCUUACCGAACAUUGGGAGCAACACAAAGCGUGUACGGAUCCAUCUCCCCGCCCCAGGAUUUCAAUUCCUGCACGUGGAAAAAUAUAUAUCCGAUUAAAGAACAAUUGCUAAAAACCAACAGGAUCGCGUGCCGAAGACGACGUCGCUUUCGUGACCAAGUAAACACCGCAUUCUCCACGUGCCGCAAAAUAUUUCUCGCGAAUCCGCGUAUUUAUUCGUCGCCUUCUCUUCUCCCUUCAACCCAAGAAGAGAAGAUGGAAAAGAGGUGUGACCCUGAGCUCCGGCUCUCCGUUGGCGGUCAGGCCGCCGCCGGCGAUGGCAGCAACUGGACGUCCAACUCUAUGAGACUCCACAGGAUGGAAUCAUGGUUGAGAUUCUCACCAGCUCACCAGCAGCAAGAACAGAUGAAGCAAAUGACGAUCUUAUAUAAAGGCAGGAUUUUUGUAUGUGACGCCACAGAGAUGCAAGCGAGAGCAAUUAUAUCCAUGGCCGAGAAGAUGGAAGAAAUAAUCGGAAAGCAAAACCUGAUUAGCCAACAUGAUCGGCAGCAGGAAGCCAUGGCGGAGUCUAACGUUCUGACUCUGCCUCCCACUCCGCCUUCUGAAACCUUGCCGCAGAUGCUUAACCCGGGCCAGUCGAUGAAGCGGUCGCUGCAGCGGUUUCUGCAGAAGAGGAAGGCUAGAGCUAGUGAAGUAACUCCUUACAAACAAACACCUAAAUUAUUGUUCCCACUUAAGCCUCAGCAUGCAUGAUAAGUAUUUGUGCUUCUCUUAGGUUGCAAGAAAAUAAUAUUGCCUUUUUUUUUUCUUUGUAAAUUUUUCCUGAUAUGUUUUAGGUGACACAGAUAUUGUUUGACAUAUCAGGUUUCUGGCAGAUUUUUAAUAUUCGAAUGUAUUCGUGUUGAUUAUAAAUACAACCUUUUGAACUUCUUUGAUUUCAA